GCGAACCUCUGGUGAUGUUGCAGCGAUUUGUUUGCACAGAAUAAAAUAAAAGAGAGGAAAUGUUUGCGGGCAGAGCAGGCGGAUUUUUAAAGGGGCGUGGCGGCGUGUGCUGGGUACCACUUCUGACUGAAAGGAUGCUGAUAGCUUAGCAACAGCGACAAGGAAAGAGGAGGAGGAGGACGAGGAGGAGGAGGAGGAAGGAGAGGGGGGGUUAAUAUAAAAAAAAAAAGAAAAAAGCAGGAGAGACAAUGGAUGUGCGAUUUUCUUUUUGUCAGCAUCCUCGUUUCACCAGGAGAGAGACUGAGUGACCAUAAGUCAGCCACAGGAAGCAGAGUGGGGAAUGUAAACAAAGGGUGUGGGCCUUUUCAGCCGGCCUGAGAGGAACCAUUACUGCUGCUGCUCAUGUAGAAGACUCCACUCACACACACACACACACACAUAUGAUAUGAGGCCGACGUUUUUAAAGGCAGAUUUUUUUGUUUUUUUGUGCAACUGUUGCAUCCCUUUCUCUCUCUCUCUCUCUUUUUCCCUUUAGGCGUGACGUGUGAGCGGACACCACCAUGGCCACGCAGGAACCGUCCCCUCCUUCGUCCAUGGAGAGCAAUAAACCCGGCUUCCCCAAGAAGAUCCUGGGCAACAAGCUGGAGGACAAGCACCUGUGCAACUGCUGCCACAACAUACUCCGACGGCCGUUCCAAGCCCAGUGCGGACAUCGCUUCUGCUCCUACUGCUUCAACAGGACUGUGAGUAAUGGACCCCAGAAAUGCAACGCCUGCAUUAAAGAGGAUAUUUUUGAGGAGCCCACAUCGAUUUUGAAACAAGGAUGUGCUUUUCCUGACAAUGCAGUGCGAAGGGAAGUUGAACACCUUUCAGCUGUUUGUAUCAAUGAGAACUGCACUUGGAAAGGCAGCAUUAAAGAGUACGAGAUGAACCACGAGGGGAAGUGCGAGUUCAUGAUCAUCCCCUGCCCCUCCUGCAAAGAGCGAAUUCGCUUCAACGAACAGGAGCGCCACAACGAGCGAGAGUGCCCGGAGAGGACGCUCAACUGCAAGUACUGCAAGGAGCCAUUUCACUUCAAAAACAUCAAGGCACAUGAUGAGAUCUGUCCCAAGUACCCGAUGAUCUGUGAAGGCUGUGCCAAGAAGAAAAUCCCCAGAGAAAAGUAUGUGGAUCACAUUAAAUUCUGCAGCAAAUUCAGAACUCCGUGUCGCUUUCAUGUCGUGGGAUGUGAUAUGUCUGUGGAAAAGGAAAAGAUUCAUGACCACGAGCGCACCUAUGCCUACGAGCACCUCAAUCUGUUGCUGCACUACAUUAUGGGCAUGAAAGUGAGCAUGGAGGGCCUGCAGCCCCAGGGACUGGAACUAGCCGGACACAAACUGGUGGAGCUCCAACAGUCCCUCAGGGAGCUCGAGGCCAGAGUCUCCCAGCUUAGCACCACCUCCUCUGGGCCUCCCGUGCAGGGAGCCGCAGCCGCCGCCGCCUCCUCCUCAUCCUCCAGCUCCGGUCCUCCUGGUCCACCCGCUUCAGCUCCGCUCCCUCCGCCGCCCACUCUGGCUCCCACUCUGUCCGUGUCCACCUCCUUCACACCCCUGCCCAGCUCGGUGGGAGCGGCGCUGGAGCUGCAGCUCCACAGCGAGAAGACCAAGGUGGUUGAGCUUGGUCGCAGGUGUACGGAACUCGAAGUCAAAGCCGGCACGUUUGAAAAUGUGGUGUGCGUCCUGAACCGAGAGGUGGAGAGGUUUGCCACCACCAUGGAAGCUAGCAACCGUCAGCACAAACUGGACCAGGAUAAGAUCGAGGCUCUGACUAAUAAGGUGCGACAGCUGGAGAGGACCGUGGGGCUGAAGGACCUCACCGUUGCUGAGAUGGAGGGCCGGCUGAGGGAAAUGUCCGCCACUACCUUUGACGGCGUCUUUGUCUGGAGGAUCUCCGAUUUCGCCAAAAAGAGACAAGAUGCCAUCGCAGGUCGAGCCCCUGCCAUGUUUUCACCAGCCUUCUACACCAGUAAGUACGGCUAUAAGAUGUGUCUGCGGAUCUACCUGAACGGAGAUGGGACAGGGCGUGGCAGCCACUUGUCCCUGUUCUUUGUGGUGAUGAGGGGACUGAGUGACGCUCUGCUCAAAUGGCCUUUCAACCAGAAGGUGACUCUGAUGCUGCUGGACCAGAGCAACCGUGAGCACAUCAUCGACGCCUUCCGCCCGGACGUCACUUCCUCUUCCUUCCAGCGACCCGUGAGCGAGAUGAACAUCGCCAGCGGCUGUCCGCUCUUCUGCCCGCUCUCCAAGCUCGAUGCCAAGAACUCUUACAUCCGCGACGACACCAUCUUCAUCAAGGCGAUUGUGGACCUCACCGGCCUCUAGGCGACCUCCGCGCUGUGGGAGGGGGGCGGUUGGUACAGUUUUGGGGCGAAACCAGGCAGCUCUUGCGACCAUUAAGGCUUCAUUUUGGCUCAAUCGUGGUUCGCUGUUCGGGCAUCUUAAUGUCCCCUGUUGAGCUUUAGGGAGACUUGCAACUGUCUGCUGCGUGCGGCCGCAGUUUGCUGCGUCCAGACGGCACCAGCAUCGUCAUAUCCGGUGGUCUCUCUUCAUGCGAGAAACCACCGUUAUCGCUGUACAUUUUUGUGGGUGCAAAACCUUUUUCUUUUGACAUCGUUACGCCACUUUCACGGUGAUACAAAUGUCACUUCAGACAACAAAGCGAGCGCUGUUGCAGCGUGGUCAGCGCAGGCGUUGAGUGCAAAAGAGUGUAUAUCAUCUUUAAUUUUAUAUCUCCUGCAGUACGUUUGAAGACUCGGGGAGGGCGGGGGCGUUAGAAGAGGAUUGUAGAUUACAGAUAGUUGAUGUGAUCAUUCUGAUGUCACUGUAGAAAGCAGUAGACUUAUAAUAGAGUUAGAGCAUGGCUUUGAUGCAGUUUCUUCCUUUCAUUUUAACCUGCAGAUUGUGGAUAUUGUGAGCUUCUCAAUUCCAGUGUCGAGUGAAUUUGCAUAGACAAACGUGGAGUUAUGUUAUGAAUAAGAUUACAGGCAUUUUUCCUUUUUGCCUUUUUCCUUUCGCGCAUGCCGCCAGGCGUUUCUUUGAGUAUGAAAUUGCUCCUUAUUUUUCGACAUGAAGGUUUUCCUCGUUUGUUGUUUGAAACUUGUUAGUGAAUUAGCCAUCCGUGAUGGUGGACAUUGCCUGCAUGUCUUUGGAACCAGGCUAUCUACGUGUAAAAAAAAAAAAAAAAAGUUAGUGUUUGCGUAUUUGUUUCCUAUUAAGGGGUCGGUGGUUCUGAUUGGUGGUUUGGUACAUCUGUGGAAGAUACAGUGGAGUUACCAAGGAGUCAGGGCAGCUUGCCAGUUCAAGCCUGAAGCAUAAAAACAAAAAACCUUACAUUGUCUCUGACAAACAUACAUAGCUGGAGUUAUAUGCUCACUAGCUCACAUCUCAACACAUAGUGCUGUGCCCCACCACAGACUGAGGUUUACACAGAUUCCACGAAAUGAAAGGAAUUGUUUGUUCCUUGUUUUCUGUCCAUACAGUAUACAGUGCGUAUGUGUUUCUGCUGCUCUAAGAUAGAAUACUGAUGUGAAUCUAACAUAUAUAUAUUUAAAUAUUUAUAUAUAUGUUGGUGCAAAUAUACACGAGGUAAAUGUUGAGGUUGAGAGGCUGAAAUAAGAUACUAGAGAUUGUUCGUCGUCGGCCAUUAUUGACAUUAUUUAUUGCAGAUUGGUGUGUUUUAAUGUGCUCUCACCACACAAAUCUACAUUAUCUCUGCUUUUUAAAGUAGUUUUUCUACGUGUCCACCAGAGAUCGCUGUUGUACUUUACUUAGCAUGCAUGCUGAGGUUUUUUUUUAAAAAGGUUCACGCUGGCCUGUUUUUAAAAACCAGUCUCGACCUGUGUUGAAACCUCUCUGUGCAUGGGAGGCUUCAAUCCACACUCACUAUGGAGUUUCACAUCGGUUUACUCCGUGAGCCACGUGUGAAAAAGCAUUUAUUUGUAUUUGUUUGGAUGAAAAUACGUAAUCAUAGAAUAGUUAUUAUGUUAUAACUGGCGCUGCGUCUGUUCAACAGAGGCACCCCGCCUAUAUUCAUAGCAAUUUAUAAAUAUGUAUCUUUCAUAUCAUAAUGUUGAAAUAAUCUAUAUAUCAAUGUUAAUAUACACAAGAUGUUAUAAUAAACAUAGUAUUACUGAAUACCUUAUUAAUUCUAUAUCUAUAUACCAACUUUUUCUUUGUCAAUAUGGUUUGAACAGGCCAGGACGACCCCCCCGCCGCCGUGCAGUAUAAGGACUUAUGAUUCCUUCUAGAGUGCAAUAUAUGAUUACGUCUGUUAGAUUUUUGAUGACACCUCUGCUUUAAGGGUUUACAGAAGUCACGCUUGACUUAUUUGUUUACAUUACUCAUCAUGGCGACCAAGUUUCUGAACUUUUCAGGGAAAAACUGGAGCUUUUCCUUCUCAUUGAGCAUCACUGGACAUCACUAACAUGGAGAAGUCUCUAGUCGGUCGCCCUGUUUGUGAGCUAAUGCUUGUUUUUAUCUAUUAUUUUUUAAAGAAAGACCAUUUUAAUGUUGAGGAAUUCAUGCUAUAAGUGUGUGUGGGGGAGGGGGGUUUAUAUUCGUAACUUUUCCACGAAGGCGGAGCAUGUAACGAGCGGGAUGAACUUUUUAAAAAAACCUUGAGUGUUCUUGUAAUGUGCCAAAAUCCAAGUAUUACCUCCAUAUUACUAACAAUGUUGUAUUGCAAGUUAUAUUUUUAUGUUUCUAUGCUAAAAUAUUGGUGCCAAAUAUGUUUAUAAUUAAGUUGCGUGUGUGUAUAUGUGUGCGUGUGUGUAUGUGUGCCAUUUUAAUACGAUGCAUUGGUCACUACGUCUGUGAGCACCAGAGAUAAUUAAUACUAUCCCAUGACAAUUACAGACCCUCCCAAGGUUGUUUUUGUUUUUUUGAAUGUAAGCUUUAAUUCAGUUGUAUUUUUUUUCUUCUUAAGAAACACAACAGCAGUUCUGUAAUGUGAUGCAGUCGACUUGAAGCCAACUUUAUUUGUGCACUUUGUACUGGUUGUUUGUCAAAAACAGGGUAUUUUGUUGAGUGAUUUACGUACCUUGAAAUCAGAGCCAUAUAUAUUCUGAUGUUGAUAAUUGAUGUAUUUAUGCUGAAAAGGACAUGCAGUAUGUAAUAAAGUCGCUGGUUUCUGCUUUUGGUUA